GAAGAGAGAAUAGCUACAGAUUCUCCAUCUCAGUCUUUGCAAGGGGACAGCUGUGCCAGCCAGGCGCUGGCAGGCUCCUGGCAGCAUGGCAGCAAAGCUCAGGGCGCUCCUGCUGGGCCUUGUGCUAAGCCUGGCUCAGCCAGCCUCUGCCCACCGGAAGCUCCUGGUGCUUCUCCUGGAUGGUUUUCGCUCAGAUUACAUCAGUGAUGAGGCUCUGGAAUCAUUGCCUGGUUUCAAAGAGAUUGUAAGGAGAGGAGUAAAAGUGGAUUACUUGACUCCAGACUUCCCUAGUCUCUCCUAUCCCAAUUACUACUCUCUAAUGACUGGCCGCCAUUGUGAAGUCCAUCAGAUGAUUGGCAACUACAUGUGGGAUCCCAACACCAAUAAGUCAUUUGAUAUCGGUGUCAACAGAGACAGCCUGAUGCCUCUCUGGUGGAAUGGAUCAGAGCCUCUGUGGGUCACUCUGACCAAGGCCAAAAGAAAGGUCUACAUGUAUUAUUGGCCAGGCUGUGAGGUUGAGAUUCUUGGAGUCAGACCUACUUAUUGCCUAGAAUAUAAAAAUGUGCCAACGGAUAUCAAUUUUGCCAAUGCAGUCAGUGAUGCUCUUGACUCAUUCAAGAGUGGCCGGGCUGACCUUGUGGCCAUAUACCACGAGCGCAUCGAUGUGGAAGGCCACCACUAUGGCCCUUCCUCACCUCAGAGAAAAGAUGCCCUCAGAGCUGUGGACACUGUCCUGAAGUACAUGACCCAGUGGAUCCAGGAACGAGGCCUGCAGGAUGACCUAAACAUCAUCAUUUUCUCAGAUCAUGGGAUGACAGACAUUUUCUGGAUGGACAAAGUGAUUGAGCUGAACAAGUACAUCAGUUUGAAUGACCUGCAGCAAGCAAAAGACCGAGGGCCUGUUGUGAGCCUAUGGCCAGCUCCAGGAAAACACACUGAGAUUUAUAACAAACUGAGUAGAGUGGAACACAUGACUGUCUAUGAAAAAGAAGCCAUACCGAGCAGAUUCUAUUAUAAGAAAGGGAAAUUUGUAUCUCCCUUGACUUUAGUAGCGGAUGAAGGCUGGUUCAUCACAGAGAGUCGAGAGACGCUCCCAUUUUGGAUGAAUAGUACUGGCAAGAGAGAAGGCUGGCAGCGUGGAUGGCACGGAUAUGACAACGAGCUCAUGGACAUGAGGGGCAUCUUCCUGGCCUUUGGACCUGAUUUCAAAGCCAACUUCAGAGCUGCUCCAAUUAGAUCUGUGGAUGUCUACAACGUUAUGUGCAACGUGGCAGGUGUCACUCCGCUACCCAACAACGGUUCAUGGUCCCGGGUAGUAUGCAUGCUGAGGAGCCAGGCCAGCAUGGCUGCCUCUGUCCAGAGGCACAGCUUUGUGCUGGCCUUGAUUCUUCCCUUACUGUUUGCAUGACUGAGCAUGUAUAUUGCUUGUCCCAAAAUAUUGUCAGCAAAGUGUGCUUCCAAAGUGAAAUGAUAUUCAUUUUCUAUGUGAAUAAUAGCUUCAUUAACAUAAUCAAAGCCAUAUAAUCUGUACAUAUAUUAUGGGAUGAUUUGAUACCUAAAACUCCCUAAUUGAUUUUUUAAAACACCCAAACUUUAUUUUUUCUCAACAUAAGAAAACCUUAGCUUUUCAUUUAUUCAGCUAUCUGUGAUGGUCUCCUUCAUUUCAUGUAGUUACAUAUAGUCUGAGAAGUAACUACCCUAAGGAGCCAAGCUUCAAGGGGCUACUCCAUGGUUAUCACUCCUUGUCUGAACCUACCCAAAGGAGACCUUCAGACCAGGUCCUUGCCUGCCCUGUCCACAUCUGAGAGCCAUCUCUAGUGGUUUGUGGCCACAACCUUCUACUGUUCCUUCCAUCCUGGAAGAGGUUUACAGAAAAACAAUAGCUGCUCUCUGUUCUUAACACUGCUCAUGGAGUUUUUGUGUACUAUGCAAAGUCCUAGAAAGGAUGCAACAUGAGCAGGGAUCACCGUUCAGCCAACUAGAAAUCCCUGAGCAUGGGAGAAUCCAUAAAACAAUGUAAAAGACAUCGGUCUCCCUGAAGUCUGAGUACACAGUAAUUUCUCCCUUGCCUUGAAAGAAAAAAAAAACUAAAAAUGCUUAUAAGUUUCUGUGAGACAUAUUAUACACAGAAUGUCAUGGCAUGAAACCUAUAAAUAAUAGAUCUUGAACAUUAAUGGCCUGACAGUCAGAGUUCCCUCCCAAUUGUCUAGGAAAGCUACUUUAGACAUUGCCUCUCUGGUUCCAGAUUUGGGCUGUAGACCCCAGUAAUACCUGGCAUGUCAAUAUAUACUGGAGAAGGGAUAAAUAUCUUAUCAAAGAAAAUAUGGACACAGCACAGAAAUGCUAGUUUAUUGCUAUGAAACGUAAGUUCUAUGGAUCAAUAGUCCUGAAUCAGAGCUUAGCUAACAGCUCUAAAGGGAAUCCUUGAAUGGCGCAAAAUUCCAUAGGAAACAGUGGGAGAGCGGGAGGAAGGGAAAGAGAGCGCAGCAGAACUCCUAGCCACUGACCAACCUUCCACCGGAUUAAGAAACAAAUGUCAAAGUGGUGGUCAGUGUGCCAGCUUAUACCUCUAAGAAGAGUCACUGAGCCUGACUUAAAACAGCUUUAGUUUACUCACCUAAGUUUCUAUAUGGGAGUUCAUCAAAUAAGAUUUUUAAAUGAUUAGAAUCUUAGUAUGUACACACAGUGCCCAACAGAUGAUGGUUUAACUUUUGCAUUGAUUUCAUGAUGGUGCAAAAGCCAUCCCUGUUCAGUAGACAUCAUCCUUUCAAUCUUGAAUGUGUAACAGCUGAUGUGAUGUAGGCUGUUUGUCACUCUCUCUGUGUCCCAAAGAACCACACAACUAUGGAGGGACAGCUAAUGCAGUGUCCUGUGUAGCUAUAUGCAAUGCUUUAAUAGGGUUGGUGUAUUAAAUACAUUUUCCAUUGAAUGAUAUUUUAACUUACAAGGGGGUUUAUUGAGACUGCAUAACCCAUUCAUAAAUCACAGAGCAUUUGUCCAUAAAUCCUACUAUUGUAUUCAAAGUGCACAUACACUAGAUGAGGCCAUCUGCAAAUGAGACAUCGUCAGGAUAAGACAGCACAUGCGAUCCCUAUUGGAUAAGGAAGCCCUUACGUGCUUUCUACCUUGAAAAGUGAAUCUCAGCGUUCACCCUAACACAGAAAGGCUGGGAGCCAUCUCUGGGCCAUGAAUCAUGGGACCAGAGGAUCAGUUCUUAAAAAUAUUCAAUUUAUCUUCACAAAAGAUUUCCAAGGUUUUAUGUAAUAUGUUUUUAAAGCUCCAGUAAACGUUGAAUCAAUUGGAAAGGAGGCAAAUAAGCCUUUGUUGUGUGGUUGAAAGCAAAUUAGUGCUUUCAGAACCUUGGCAUUGGCUUUUGAAACAGAUGUCUAUUGUUCAAAGUUUUCUUUCCCUUUAAAGGACAUGUUUUGUUGAAUUAAAUGGAGCCCACUUCCUCCUUUAUGAAGGAAGGAUCUCUAAGACAUCCUUAAGCAAUUAAAUUAAAAGUGAAUCAUCAAAAUCAAGAGGGGAUAAACACAUACAUGGUCAAGUUACAUAACAAAAUUCCAGAUAUUUGUUUGACAAAGUAUAAUUUCCUAAUAAGUACUAUUAAAUAAGUGAAAGAAUAAGAUUCCAAUGGAAUCAUGAAUACUGGCCUAAUAAAAAAACCAGCCUAAUGGAAAAAAAUCUUUUUGUCUAAUAUAAUACAUAUAUUUCAGUGGCUUAAUUGAUUAAAUUUGUUGCCUUUUAUUUUUCUUUUAAAUUUAUAUUAUUUUCCUAGGAAAAUUCCAUUUUGCCAAAAUGUUUUUUGUUCCACAGCAGUAAAAUAUACAAGAAAUAUAUAUAGGUACUUUUGUCCUGGAUUAUUUUAUAACAUCACUGCUAAUUCCAAGAGAAAGAUUAAUUGGUUGGAUUUGUCAAUAAGAAAUGAAAAGCUGUUCUUAAGUUAAAGAUGAAUUGAAGGUCCACUUUCCAUGCUCACAGCCUAAUUUCAAGAAUCCAAUUCA